AUGACUUUCUUUUUUUUACACAACAGCGGGCGCUCUGAAACGCAUAUUUUUCCUGGCAAAGUCGGAUCGAGAACUAUCGCACAGACCUCCACUCCUACCGCCGGAAAAACCGCCGGCACUUCUUCCCUCCACCCUGCUUCUCGUCCUUCCGCCUCUGGAAAUACUACCACCUUUGCGUCCUUCUACCUCCAUCAAUACUCCCUCUCUCUGCGUCUUUCCGCCUCCUACAAUACUCCCUCUCUCUGCGCCCUUUCUUCACCGCCAGAACCUCACUCUCCUCCACCUACAGCCGCCUCCAAAAAUACUCACUCCAUCGCUCCCUACAACUCCGGCCUCCUUCAACCUCUUCAAUUAUCCAAUUAUCCAAUUCUUGAGGGUACAGACGUACAGUACACCGCCGCCGCCGGUACAUUGAAGAAGAAUGGCGGACACUCACACCAGAACAAACACGCACAUCACAACACCACCUUGUUGAUCGAAGAACAGCGGACACAAAUCGAAGUUGAAGAACAUCAGCAACAAGCGAAACACAAACUGGAUUCGAAGAACAUUAUCAAAAUUUGA